AUGUCCGCAUUCGCACCCGAAGACCCAGACGAUUACUCGUACGCCGAGACCGACCCCGCGGAGACCUCCACCCCUCCAAUCCCAGAUCAAGCGGGCGACGAACCGUCGCAUGGCCACGGCCACUCCAACCCCCUUCUUGGAUCCGACCCCCUUGUUUCCGAUCUGGAGCAGGAAGUGCUAGAAGAAUACACCCGAUUGUUGCGCAAUGUGAACCAGCUCUCCGACAAAGUCGCCGAUCUUGCGGGCUCGCCUGCAUCCAUGCCCCUCGAUGGAUUGCGUCUUCUAGAGCGCAAGACCGCGACUGUGUGCACCUUGCUCAAGGCUAGUGUGUACAGCAUCGUUCUACAGCAGCAGAUCUGGAACGAGAAUGAGGAGCAGCAGCAACAGCAGCAAAGCGAAGCCCAGUUCCAAGAUCAGCAGUAUCAGCAUGGAUAUGACGAAGACGUGACAUUCCAAUGA